AUGGAUUUUGAUGACCGGAUCUCUAGCUCCAAUAUGUAUUUACCGAGCUGCACUUACUACGUCUCCGGAGCAGACUUUACGGGUCUCCCUCAUUAUUUAACCCAAAGCCAGUCCUCUUGCCCCAAUAUAUACCCCUACCAGUCCUCAGCACUGCCACAGGUCCCGUCCGUCAGAGAUGUGGCUUUCAGAGACUAUGGACUUGAUACUUCCAGUAAAUGGCACCACAGCAGGGGGAGCCUGUCACACUGCUACCCGGAGGACAUUGUGCACAGGGACGGCUGGACGAGCUCGACCUCCAGGGGGGGUGAGAUCCUGGUGAAAGGCAGCUCCUGCGCAAGCCACUCCAGCUCCUCCAACCCGACGCACGGCUUCUAUGGCAGCGUUGGCAGGAACGGCGUCCUGCCACAGGCUUUUGACCAGUUCUUCGACACUGCCUAUGCGAGCGCAGAGAGCAGCACAACGCCCACAGCACAUGCAGCAGACACGGACAGACACGCCGCCAAAACAAGCCCCGCUCCGGAUCACCCUGACUCGGACUCCGGGGAGAGCUGCAGCCCCAAGUCGUCCUCCGGCCACAGCGAGGAGAGACAGAGCAAAGGCAGCAGUGGCCAGAGGACACGCAAGAAGAGGUGUCCAUAUUCAAAGUAUCAGAUCAGGGAACUGGAGAGGGAAUUCUUUUUCAGCGUUUACAUCAACAAAGAGAAGCGCAUGCAGCUCUCACGGAUGCUCAAUCUGACAGAUCGCCAGGUCAAAAUCUGGUUUCAGAACAGGAGGAUGAAGGAGAAGAAACUCAACAGAGACCGUUUACAGUACUACACCACAAACCCCCUGCUAUAAACACUGAACAAAGACUUUCG